CUUCUUCUUCAUCUUCCUCAUCCUUGAUCAGUAAAAAAAGUCACCGCCUCUUUCUCUCUUUCCUCUUUCCUCUACUUUGAUUGAUCAAUCAUGCUUCUUCAUUUCUAGUUCCUCUGACUCAUUUCCUCAUUUCCCUCAUAGAUCUUUCCACAAAACCCAUAAUUGGGAAAAAGCUUACAUUUUUCUCAACGGUCUUAGUUAAAAGUUGUCACUUUGUUUGAAGAAACACAAAUAAAGUUUCUCUUUUUACUUCACAAUUUGGUUGUUUCCACUUCAAUUCCAAUCUUGCUUUCUGAUUCAGAUUCUGGGUUUUCUUCAGAAUUCCCAGAGAAGUUGAAAAAUUUCACCUUUUUUUAUCAAAGUUGUGGUCUUUUUUAGAUGAACAUGGACAAGGAAACAGAGCAAACCCUAAAUUACUUACCUUUGGGUCAGAGCGAUCCCUUUGGCAAUGGCAAUGACGGUUCAAUCGGUGAUUUCCUUGGAAGAUACUGCAACCCACAAGAGAUUUCACCGUUAACUCUACAGUCUUUCUCUCUGAAUUCUCAGAUCUCUGAGAAUUUUCCAAUCGCCGGUGGAAUUAGAUUCCCUCCGUAUCCAGGUCAAUUCGGAUCCGAUCGAGAAUUUGGGGUUCUUGGGUCACAACCAACGACGCAAGAGAGUAACAAGAGCUCGUUGUUGGAUCCAGAUUCAGUUUCUGAUCGAGUUCACGCCACGAAAUCUAACUCCAGGAAGAGGAAAUCGAUACCUACUGGUAAUGGCAAGGAGUCUCCAGCUUCUUCAUCUCUUACAGCUUCCAAUUCCAAGGUUUCAGGAGAUAAUGGUGGAUCCAAGGCUGGGAAGAGAAGCAAGCAGGAUGAAGCUCGGAGUAGUAAAAACGGAUUAGAGAAGUGCAAUAGUAAAGGCGAUAAUAAGGACGAUGCUAAGCCUCCUGAGGCGCCUAAAGAUUAUAUUCAUGUUAGAGCUAGAAGGGGGCAGGCAACAGAUAGCCACAGUCUUGCUGAAAGAGCAAGAAGAGAAAAGAUCAGCGAGCGAAUGACGUUACUUCAGGAUUUGGUUCCUGGUUGCAACCGGAUUACAGGGAAAGCUGUCAUGCUUGAUGAAAUUAUAAAUUAUGUGCAGUCCUUGCAGAGACAAGUCGAGUUCUUGUCCAUGAAGCUGGCAACUGUAAAUCCAAGGAUGGAGUUUAAUGCUAAUUCUACUUUAUCCACAGAGAUGAUUCAACCGGGGGAGUCUUUAACGCAGUCUCUUUACGCAAUCGCUUGCUCAGAGCAAAGACUUCCUUCAGCAUACUAUUCCCUUGGCAAGAACAUGCCCAGAUUCUCAGACACACAAUUCCCCUCGAACGAUGGAUUUGUUCAAGCUGAGACACCGGGGUUCUGGGAAAAUAAUGACCUGCAAAGCAUAGUUCAGAUGGGCUUUGGAGAUAUCCAGCAACAGAGCAGCAACAACAACUGUUCUGAGCCAACACUUCAGAUGAAGCUUGAACCAUAGCUCUGAUCAAAGGUGUCUUUAUUAUUAUCUCUCUGUACAUACAGAAAACCAAGUAGUGAUGAGUACGGAGUGAAAUUUAAAUGUUUACUAUCGUUUCUUCUUUGCUUGUGCAUCUGUUGAUUCCUUCUGAACCUAAAGCAAGAAAGCUUCAUAUUAAGUAUGUAAAAAAUUGACAAGAACCUUUCUGGACAUCUCUGUAUUAUUUACAAUUGUUAUGUAUUAUUUUUAUUAUUGCUCAGCUUUGUAAGGAACGGGAAUAAAACUUGUUCACGUCUUA